UGAGGGAUUAUAACAGUUUUACCAUCUGGUAACAUUGCCAGGUAAACUAAAAAAAUCGAAUUGAUUUAUUUAAUUCCACGGAAGACGCGACGUUGACUGAAAAGCUAAGACAUGUCCAACGAAAAAGAGGACGAGUGCGACAAGCACAAGCAGCAGGCGACGGCGGACGCCAAGUCCACGUCGAGCGAGGAUUCGGAUGAGUACCAAUCGGCCGGUGAGGGCGAGGAUGGCGACGGCGAUGGUGACGGUGAUUCCCCAGCGGAGCACCCGCCUAACAAAACGAGCCCAACGGUCGCCGUCACGCCCACAGCAAAGGCAACAUCGCCACUGCCCACUGUGAAGACAACAUCCGAUGCCCUGGACUAUCCUAUGCACCGGAGUGUUUUCGAGGACGACAUCAAGUCGCUGCAGCGACGACUUCUCUUGAGCACGGCCCAAGACGAAGUGGGUCGAAAGGAUAAGCACGGCAAUACGCCACUCCAUCUGGCCGUAAUGCUGGGCAGAAAGCACGCUGUCCGUUUGCUUCUGGCCCAAAACGCCCCCGUAAAGAUCAAGAACAAUGAGGGCUGGUCCCCGCUGUCCGAGGCCAUUAGCUACGGAGACCGCCAGACAAUCACCCAGGUGCUGCGAAUGCUAAAGCUGCAGUCCCGCGAACACAUGGAGAGUCGGCGGGAGAAGCUGGUCAACGCGCUGCGCCAGAUGCAGGACUUCUACAUGGAAUUCAAGUGGGAUUUUCAAUCCUGGCUGCCACUGGUAUCCCGCAUCCUGCCCUCGGACAUCUGCCGGCUUUACAAGUCGGGCGCCUCCAUUCGUUUGGACACCACACUGGUGGACUUCAAUGAUAUGCGUUGGGAGCGAGGGGACAUAUCGUUCUUGUUUAGAGGUGAGGCGCCGGCAAGGGAAUCACUGGUUCUGUUGGACAAUGAGCAGGAGUGCUUUCAGCGGCUGCGAUACGAGGAAUCAGACAUGGAGGAUGAGGUGGAUGUGCUCAUGUCGACCGAUAUACUGGCGACCCAGAUGUCCACCAAGACGAUACAAUUCGCACGGGCGCAACGCGGCUGGAUAUUCCGCGCCAAUCGCAAGGAGCUCAUUGGGGGCCAAUACCAGUGCGAAAUCUACACCAUCCAGGGUUUAAUCCUGAAGCAGCGUAAGAGGCGGGAACACCUGUCACACGAGGAUCUACAAAAGAACCGCGCCAUUGUCGAGACUAUUACCAAGGGUGGCAGCCAGCAGCCGGAUACGCGUCGCUCCAGCCUAGGCAGCCAGCACACGGCCACGCCGCCAGAGACCAACACACCAACGGCUCCAAAUGGCAUCUCACUGCCGGAGCUGCCGCGUCGCAGCUCGCUGCAGGCCCCGCCGCCUCCCACAGUCACCUGGCGUCAGUAUCUCGAUGCGGAGGUCGGUAAGUGCCCGCAACUGGGCCGGACACCCGUGCACAAGCAAUCCAACAAGACGCUGCGAGCAACGGUAGCCAUGAGCAAGGACUUUCCACUUAGCGUGGACAUGCUGCUGGACGUUCUGGAAGUCGUGGCACCCCUAAAACACAUCAACAAGCUGCGCGAAUUCGUCACGCUGAAGCUACCGACGGGCUUUCCCGUGAAGAUUGAGAUACCCGUACUGCACACGGUGACCGCCAAGGUGACGUUCCAAAAAUUCGAGUUCCGCGACAACAUCCCCGCCAAGAUGUUCGAGGUGCCAUCGCACUACUGGGAGGAUGUGCGUCGCUUUCAGGACUUAUGACCAGGCGACGGAGAAGCCGCGCCAAAGGCCAAAGCACCAACCGGCGGAGCGACCGGAGCAGCGACUGGCGUUCGUGUCGACUUGAAUCGCAAUGCGUCCUCGCCCUCCAUUGCGGAGUUCGAUUGAUGAGGCGUCUACCGCGACACACGCCUCUCAUCCUGCCCGUCCGCCUGUCCCACACAUUUCAUGUCGCGUUUUGUGAUCACUCCAGCAAAAGUCGGAGGAUACAGCUCGAACGCGGGCGGCUUGGUUAUGUAUGUAUGCUUAAGAGGAAAAAACCCACAAACAAAAUUGCAAUUUUCAAUAUUAGGAUGGAAUCCCAUAUUCUCGCUGUCCAAAUCCAAAUUAGACGCUCUGAAAAUUGCAAUUUUACAUUUACGUUUUGUUAUGUACUGUAUUUGUUUUUAAUCGCCUCCGCAAGGCGGGUCAUUACUUAGUAGUAAUUAUUAAGCACAGGCUCGUCAUUUUUCACAGCCCGAGUGAAUGAAUCACUUCAACUUCAAAUUAUGUUUUCAGAUUGCAACCCUAUUUGGUGGGGUGCGGUCCCAAAACAGCUGCUCCACUUGCGAAGAAUCCAGAAAGUUCUCUUUCCCAAAUUGCCUUUCGUAUCUGCCGAUAAUCGCGGCGCUGCGAAGGUAAAACUAAAUGUCCAAUCUGCAGAAUUGCUGGCUGAUAGCCACGUUGACAGCAGCAAUUGGCUAAGUUUUUAGUUUGUAAGUGAUUAGAUGUUGUCCAAUAUCCGAUCGUUUCGCAAAACGUUCAUCAUUUUAUGUCCAUAUCCCCUUUCCGUGUUUAGUGCAAUUUCAUAUCUAGUUUUAAGGUCAACUGGGAAAGGAGACAGCUUUUUCGAAAAAAAGAGUCCACAUAACCGCUUGAAGAGCGUUCUUUUUCUACUUAGGAUAUGUGUACUAGAGAAUCGAUCGCAAAACCAUUUCCAAUCGCCUUUCCUCGCAAUAGUCUCAAGUAUUUAGAAGUGCGCAAAACUGAGAACAGCUCCACAAAUCAAUUAUUAAUAAAUAUUUAUACAUACGCAUGUACCCAAGUAUUUAUUUAGUUCCAUUCUAGCCAAUUAUUUAUACUGCAAAGAGCGUCUGUACUUGCUUUGUAUUUGUUAAUCAACAAAAGCAGCUAGCGCCGGAAUUAGUUUCGGUUCGCAUUGCUUUGCUGUGAUUUUGCCCUUUUUAAAACAAAAUAUGACUAAACACCACAUGUAUUUAUAUUUAUGUAUGUAUAACUGCCAUUGCUUGCUUUUCUUCGGACACCAUUUUUUAUUUCGUUUAUAGAAAUCCAAUCCACUUAGGUCAAAUCAAGGCGAUAAUCAAAUGAAAUUGUUUUUAAACCGUAAUCCUAGAUCAAAACACAUAUUCACAAGAAUUCUGAUGUAAGCAAAAAUCAGUAUAUUUUACUAGGUAAGGGCAAUUUAUUGAAACAUUUAUAUUUAUACGUGGCCACCCUAACUGUAAUUAAACCGAGCAAUUGUAUACGCUCUAAAAAAUAAUUAUAUACACAAACUGUAAAUGUGCAAACCCAA